UCGAGCAGGUGUGACAUUUGGUGCUUCUAGGAGUUCUCAGUCUGAUACAUGUGCCGGCCGCGUUUCGAGAUCUACCGUCCCGUGUAAAAAUGGGCUUUUGUGCUCAGUGAGAGAGGCACAAAGUUGUCCUAGAAGGCCCAUUGCUGCUAGGAGUCAGGUUUUAAGGAUGUUCGCUUCUGCCCCAUCUCAUGCAGAUUACGUUUUAAACCUCCCAACUUCUCAUCAGUCACCUCGCACCCUCUUCACCCUCCUCCCUCUUCUGCUGCACCACCUCUGUAGAAAUUAAGGCUCGGUUUUCCUAAAGGGAAGGAAACUUCCUUGUCCUGUUUAAUUCUAAAUGGGAAUUCUUGAAGCUUCACAGUUGGGAUUUGUUAGUGGUUUUCCGUGGCCUGGAUCCAAUGUCUAAACUUUACAAAUCAGUGCUUCAACAUGUGUUCUGCCUAGAGGUGAAAUGUUUUUGUAUUCUCAGUAUGUUGAACCAUCGUUUAUGGGAAAGAUCUGGAAAGCAUUGCCCCUUUGGAUUUAGUUUUUUUUCUGCCAAAGCGUUUUGCGCUCUCCCUUCCGUUUUUGAAAGUCGCAUGUAGAUACAAUUCAAAUAAUUAAAUGCUUUUUUUGAAAAGUGCGUCUGUUUUUACCAUCUGUCUUCCAUGGCUUGCUUAGGUGUAAGCUUAUCUUUAGUCCAUGUUAUUACUCUUGACCUAAGCGUCAAGGUGCUGGUACGCCAAUGCAGAAUAUCUGUGUCUCCUUGCAAAACUAGUUUGUCUGUUCCUAAGAUUGGAAGAUAAUUCUGCUUUUUUACAGUUGAAAGAAUUGUGCUGUUUUAAGUUAGAAAAGUAUAAUGAUCAGUCAUUCACAUAUCUACUAGAAGGGGUUUGUCAUACUUGGGACAGAAAAGGAGUGUACAGGAUUGUGUUUAUUGGUAAUUCUUCAGUUUUAUUCUGAAGUUCUUUGUUUCUUCACAGCAUCUGAUAUUAUACAUGUUCAUUUGUAUAUUGUGGGCAUUUUACGAUCUAUCCUCUACUCUCCAGCCCCCUUGAAAAUUCUGCUUCAAUCAUGUCUGGGCAGAGUAUAGGGUUUUUAGGAAGAGUAAAAUUCCUACCCUCAAGUAUUGACAGUCAAGUUAGAAAUAGGCAGCCUGAUGUAAGGAGAAGAAGUGAGAUUGUGAAGACUGCUCAGAUGGUUAAGGGGGGGGGACCCCCACUCUUCUCCUGAAAUGGCGCUUAAGUGAAACCUUAGUUCCCUGAAGUUGGUUCUCUCUUAGAUCCUUGACCUGUGGUAUUGCAGGCAUGAAUUCUCCAUUGUGGUAUCUCUGUUUGGGCAGAUAGAGAGGGUGAUGUUUUGAACGGGGGCCGGGAGGAGUCUCAUGCCUAAACAUUUGCUGGUGCUUCCUUCUAGUAUCAUGUCAAAGUAAUUACUCAUUUACGUUACAGAACAUUACUACUUAAAAAAAAAAUUUUUUUUUAAUGUUUAUUUUUGAGAGCGAGCACGACAGAGUUCCAGCUGGGGAGUGACUGAGAGAGAGGGAGACACACAGUCUGAAGCAGGCUCUAGGCUCCAGGCUCUGAGCUGUCAGCACAGAGCCUGAUGCAGGGCUUGAACUCAGGAACUGUGAGAUCACGACCUGAGCCAAAGUCGGACGCUUAACUGACUGACCACCCAGGCGCCCCAGAACGUUACUAUUACAUGCAGGUCAUGAUCCAUUAGUGGGUUGAGAAAUAAAUUUGGAUUUCCCUAGAUUUGUUUUCUUCUCUUCAGAACUUAAAAAAAAAGAAAAAAAUGGAAUAAGAUGAAGAGUACCAAUUACCACAAACAGUAUUAGGUCAAACUUUUGGGUUAUUUGAGAGCAUGUUGAGCAGGUAUGUGUUGAGUCACAUGUAAAUUAUUUCUUAGUAUGGUGGCCACUUAAGGAGUUUGAAAACCAUACUGUCCUAUUUAUCACAGGAGGCUUCCUUGAUGAGACGAGCCUUUGAAAAGAGCAGGAGAGCAGUCAUCCACUCCAGUGUUAGCAGUUUUCCUUGCUCAGAGGGACUCACAGACCACAUCCACCAAGUGAAGUCUGCAGUCAGGGUCAGACAGCAAGCAAGCCUGUUUGCAUGCAGAAGCCUUGGGAAUUAACAGAAACAGGCUGGGCAGAUAAAAGUAGAGAAGGGUGUGGUGGGUGGUAUGGCCCUGGAGAUGAAGGAUGGCCUUGCCAGACAGAAAAUGGUGUUUGAGAUGUGAUAUUUGGACUGUGUUGGUGUGAUACCAAAUUACUGCUCUUAUUGGGAAAUUUUGGUGUUGUACUCAUAAGUCCUCUUCUCCACCCCACCCCCUCCAAAAAAAAAAAAAAAAAGGCCUUCAAACCGUGGUUAGAAGGAGACCCUGCCGCUUUUGGAAAUGCUCAGCCCUAGUUACUAGGACAGUAUUUACACCUGACAGUGUUUAUCACAAGGAACCCUGGAGUUGUAGUUUCCUUAUGUUGUAGUCCAAGGCCUGCCAAACUGCCUGUGUGAUGGUGAGCCUCAGUUUCCUCUUUUGGAAAAUGACAGGGUUGGAAUCUCCCUUCUAACUUUUAUAGUUUGAGUAUAAUUUGAAUAAGAUUUUUAAAAAGCAACGUACAUAAUUUCAAACCAGAAUGUUAUUCUUUGAAAUUCACCUGGAGAUAGAUAAUCUUCAGGCUGUUGAGGAAAGGAGAAGGCUGCCACCAGCCGCUGGGAUAAAAAUGGGUCGUACUGUAAAGGUGUGUGUAUGCUGGCUUUUUGGAACUCCAAAGUAUUCUCCUGUGACAACGUUAUGCAUGAGUAGAUUCCCAGAUCAGCUUACAGAUGUAUGUUUCACCUUUGGUUUAACCGGUCCUAACCCUAGCCACCAUUUAUUCUGUUUCUGUAGGAAAUAGACGUUCUAACUCCUGGGUACCAGGAAAACACUUCAUUUUGCCCCAGGAUGGGGGCUUUGGGGGAGAGGUGGAAUACAUGUUGGUGUCUUUUGAUCAUGAAAAUAAGAGAGUCCAGUUGGUCCUGUCUGGAGAAGAAGUUCUUGAAACUCUACAAGAAAAGGGGGAAAGGACAAACCCAAACCAUCCUACCCUGUGGAGACCAGAGUAUGGCAGUUACAUGAUUGAAGGCACACCUGGACAACCGUACGGAGGAACAAUGUCCGAGUUCAACACAGUUGAAGACAACAUGAGAAAACGCCGGAAGGAGGCAACCUCUUUAUUAGGAGAAAAUCAGGCUCUUUGCACAAUAACUUCAUUUCCCAGAUUAGGCUGUCCUGGGUUCACGCUGCCAGAGUUUAAACCCAAUCCGCUCGAAGGAGGAGCUUCCAAGUCCCUCUUCUUUCCUGAUGAAGCCAUAAACAAGCAUCCCCGCUUCAGUACCCUGACAAGAAAUAUCCGACACAGGAGAGGAGAAAAGGUUGUCAUCAAUGUACCAAUAUUUAAGGACAAGAAUACACCAUCUCCAUUUAUGGAAACAUUUCCUGAGGAUGAGGAGGCAGCAAGGGCUUCCAAGCCUGAUCAUAUUUACAUGGAUGCCAUGGGAUUUGGGAUGGGUAAUUGCUGUCUUCAGGUAACGUUCCAAGCCUGCAGCAUAUCUGAGGCUAGAUACCUUUAUGAUCAGCUGGCCACCAUCUGUCCAAUUGUCAUGGCUUUGAGUGCUGCGUCUCCUUUUUACCGAGGCUAUGUGUCAGACAUUGAUUGUCGCUGGGGAGUGAUUUCUGCAUCUGUAGAUGAUAGAACUCGGGAGGAGAGAGGACUGGAGCCACUGAAGAACAAUAGCUAUAGGAUCAGUAAAUCCCGAUAUGAUUCAAUAGACAGUUACUUAUCUGAGUGUGGGGAGAAAUACAAUGACAUUGACUUGACAAUUGAUAAAGAAAUCUACGAACAGCUGCUGCAGGAAGGCAUUGAUCAUCUCCUGGCCCAGCAUGUCGCUCAUCUCUUCAUCAGAGACCCACUGACUCUAUUCGAAGAGAAAAUACACUUGGAUGAUGCCAAUGAAUCGGACCAUUUUGAGAACAUUCAGUCCACAAAUUGGCAGACAAUGAGAUUUAAGCCCCCUCCUCCAAACUCUGACAUUGGAUGGAGAGUAGAAUUCCGACCCAUGGAGGUUCAGUUAACAGACUUUGAGAACUCUGCAUAUGUGGUAUUUGUGGUGCUGCUUACAAGAGUGAUCCUUUCAUACAAACUGGAUUUUCUCAUUCCACUAUCAAAGGUUGAUGAAAACAUGAAAGUUGCACAGAAACGAGAUGCUGUCUUGCGGGGAAUGUUUUAUUUCAGGAAAGAUAUUUGCAAAGGUGGGAACACUGUGGUGGAUGGCUACGGGAAGGCCCAGAACACCUCGGAACUGACCACGGAGGACUACACCCUGAUGAGCAUAGACACCAUCAUCAACGGGAAGGAGGGUGUGUUUCCUGGGCUGAUCCCGAUUCUGAACUCUUACCUUGAAAACAUGGAGGUGGAUGUGGACACUAGAUGUAGUAUUCUGAACUACUUAAAGCUAAUUAAGAAGAGAGCAUCUGGAGAACUAAUGACAGUUGCCAGAUGGAUGAGAGAGUUUAUCUCCAACCAUCCUGACUAUAAGCGAGACAGUGUAAUCACUGAUGAAAUGAACUAUAGCCUCAUCUUAAAGUGUAACCAAAUUGCAGACGAAUUGUGUGAGUGCCCGGAGUUACUUGGACCAGCGUUUAGGAAAGUGAAAUACAGUGGAAGUAAAACGGACCCGUCCAACUGACAUUCUGUAGAAGGAAAAACACAUUGCUGUUUUAUUGAAAAAUGACCGCGUGAUGCUCUGCCCAUGAGUGGUAUGAAGACCAAGUUCCAGAACAGCCCUGUGUCUUGGGCUGCUCAGCCCGAAAUGGAUUUAGAGGCUUCCCUUCAGUAGGUAAAUCUAGAGUUUAUACAGUGUACGUGUACAUAGUAAAGUAUUUUUAUGAUUAACAACGUAUUUUAAUAACCUUGUAUCUAAAGUCACUGUGAACUGGCUUGUACAUUUUCUUACUCUGGAACACCUACUGACUAAACAGUUUUGUAAAUGUAACGUACUGGUGACUGUACUAUACCUGCAUUCCAGAGUUGAAGGCGUUUACUGUAAAUUUUUGGUUUUUUUAAAGCCUUUACCAGGGACCUGAUUCACUGAAAUUUAUCACUUCAUUUUAAAAACAGGUGGCCUUGUGAAUUCUCUGAGUCGUCUCCUUUGUUGUAUAGUUAAAAUCACUAUCGAAUCCAUUGAAAUGCUUCAAGGGUAAUCUAUGUUGUUUCUUUUAUAAUUGGAAUAGUUAACAGGUUGGUCACCCUCCCUCAAGCUUUCACCUCUAAAUAAAGUCCAUUGAACUGAAGGUACUUUUUUUUCUUUAAAUUUUCUGAUUUAGGCAUUAGGAGACUGGUAUCCCUAGUUCACCUGUGGUGAUUAGGGAAAGUGAUUUUGUUUGUUUUUUAAAGGGCAGAAUUGUUUGUCCUCCUGUACACACCAAGAGUAAUGUCAGCAAUGGCACCAGCCCUUGUGUUGUGGCCCAUGGGGAUUCAGAUUGCUGCUAUCUACUUAAAUUUUCAAACCAAAUGCAGUUUCUGAAGUUUUUGUUCUGUUACUCUUUCUCUGGUUUCCAGUAAGCAUAUUGACAUUCUUCCAAAAACCAUUCUAGAUUUUACCAAGGGAAUAUUCUACAUAAUGCUUAUCUUCUCUGUGAAAAUCAUAAAUGAAUCAUGAUGUGCACUAAGUUUUGUGAAUUAGGACCCUACAUGUUUAAUUGUAAAUAAUUUAAGUUUACACAAUUGUCAUUAGUGCAUUCUGUUAAAGGUUUUUUUCCCCAAUUAGUUAAGUCCUAACUGCUUCUGAAAUAACUAUGUAUAGUAGAUGAUGCAAACCUUUAUAGGCCUAAACACUUAAACUGUAAUGCUAAUUUUAACAAAUCGCGAUAAAGCUGCUUCAGCUAAGCCUGUGUAUGUAUAAAUACUAGGGUUUGUGCUAUGUUUCAUACGUGUAUUUUGGAGGAUUAAAGAAUGCCUGUUUUUUCAUUUGCAGUUUGUGUAAAUCAGGAUGUAAAAAGGCAGAUGAACUAAAUGUGGUAUGAGGAAAUAAAACAUGGAAUUAGCAUUCUGAAAA